ACGAAGCAGCAUGAAAAGGAAAACAGCACUUUAGAUUGCAGUCUUAAGAUACAACUGACACCUGAGAUUCUUGAGACACACAUACACAGACGAAGGAUAGGAUCAGCCUUUUGUGGAGCACCAAAAGAAGAGAUGGAAUAAUUUCAUGGGAUGAAGAAGAAUACAUCUCCACUGCAUCCUGUACCAUCACAAUCUAGAACUUGCUCUGAUAGACUUCCCAUCGAUCCUACAAUGGCUAGCCAAGGUACUAAAAGAAAACGAGAUCAUGAACCAUCUGACUCGAGUAUAGAGACAACACUGACAACAGAUAUGAUCACGGAGAAUGCAAGGCAAAUUCUGCGAAGAGUCACUAAAAACUCAGAUCAAAUCGAUAAAGGCAGCAGGAAGAAGGCAACCAUAGGGAUUUUUGGAAAAUCAGGAGAAGGAAAGAGUUCCCUUUUAAGUGCAAUCUUGGGGAAAAAGGAACUCUUACCAUCUGGUUGUUUUGGUGCUUGUACAGCUGUUGUUACUCAGGUGGAAGCCAAUCUGACUGACUCCAACUACAUAGCAGAGAUCGAGCUCUUCUCUAAAGAGGAGUGGGAGAAUGAGCUUAAAGAUGUUUUCAAAGAUAUAAAAGAUGAAAGUGAGGAAAGGAAUGAGGACUUAAUUGAAAUUGCUGUAGAAAAGAUCACUGCACUGUAUGGAGCUGAUGCAGACCAGAAAACAUUAGAAGAGCUCCAGAAUGAUGAAAAAUUUGCUGAGAUUGAAGCCUUUUUGUCUAUCAGUAAGAAAAUAAUCUCAAACAGUAAUCUCUCUGAAUUUACCAACGAAGUUGCAAGUUUCAUACAACACAGUGAGUCAAGUUCUGGUGACUGGUUCUGGCCGCUUGUAAAGAGCGUGACGAUCAAGGUACCCCACUGUCAUGAAUUCCUGGAGCACAUUGUGCUUCUUGAUCUUCCUGGUACUGGAGACUGCAAUAAGAUUAGAGAUGACCUGUGGAAAUCUAAACUGAGAGAGUGCUCUUCUGUGUGGAUUGUAAGUGAUAUCAAGCGAGCAAUCUCUGACAGAGACCCCUGGGGGAUAUUAAAGUACUGCAUUGAUGAACUGGGACCAGGAGGAAAAUGCAAAAGCAUCAACUUCAUCUGUACAAAGACUGAUGAUAUCAAUCUAGGAGCGUAUAUUAGAUCUGCACGGCUUCCAAGAGACCAAAUUCCAGAAGACAAGGAUCAGAAAAAACCAUGCAUACUUCAUAGAAAUGAACAUGCCAAGACAAGGGUCAAAGAAAAGUUUGAAAAUUCUGAAAUCAAGAAAAUAUUCAACACUGACAAUCAGUUUCAAGUUUUUACUGUGAGUUCCAAUGCAUUCUUUGACCACAAUUUAAAUCUGGAAUCAAGUGAAACAGAAAUCCCAAAUCUGCAGGAUGAUCUGAGGAAUCUUAACAAGAGCAUUAAUGUAGAAUUGACCAGAGAAUAUGUCAAUAAAGUAAAGGGAGUUUUGUCCUUGAUCCAAAGUGGCCAGCUGGAUAAAGACAGAAAAAAGAUCGAAAUGAAAGUCAACAAAUUUAAGAAGAACCUAAAGGAGUCACUAUCUGAACUGGACAAAUAUUUUGUCAGCAUUUAUAAAGAUCUGGAGCAGCAUCUCUCAAAGGGAGUGGAAGAAUCAGUGAGCUCAUGUGUUGCUUCCACAAAGAAAAUGAUAUCUAAUAAAGAUGGAAGGGGGUUCCAUAAAAUCCUUGGAGCUUUGUGCAAGAACUACGGAUGCUAUUGGUCCAAAAAUUGGGAUGUAGUUCUAGACCUGAACAAGUCAUUGGCCAAACAUUUGCACAAAAACAUUUAUGAUGAUUUCUGUAAGAUUUUUCCUGUGACUGGAAAAACAGGAAAGUCAGUGCAGGAACAGAUUGAUAAGUUCAGUAUCAUCCAGAGUGACUCUGCUUACCCCAGCUCUGACAUACUACAUCACAUUCACAACUUCAUCAAAAUAGAGGAAACCAAACUGAAGGCAGCGCUCAACAGAGACAUUGUUGACAAGAAGAAGGACAUCUACUCAUCAAUACAAAUAACAAUUGUGAAUGAAAUGGCUUCUUGCUAUCAGCAAGCUGCAGCUGUGAGAGGAACAGGAUCCAUGAAGAAAAUGCAAGACCUGUUAAUAAACACAGUCGAUCAGAAAAAAGAAGGCAUGUUCAAAAAAGCAAAAAUGGAAGUGCUAAAAAAGUUCAAUAACUUAAAGCUGCACAUAAAGAGUACUCUUGAAAAUGAACUACAGAAAGCAAUAGAACGCUCACAAUCACAAAACAGCAAAAAGACACGGAUGGAUGUCUCCAGAGAGAUUGAAGAGCUGGAGAGACUUCUAGAUCAUCUGUCUGACUGAUGCUCAUCAAGCAAGAGAAACAGCACAAAUCACAAAAGAAACAUAACUACUGUAUUGUGCAACAAGUGUAACACAUUUACAGCCAAUGUUUUCUUUAGUUUUAGAACAUUUUUUUUUACUCAAAUGUGUUUGUGUUCAUUUCAUUUUCAUCAAAUUUCUGAACUUUGGGGUUUAUUAUAGGGGCUGCAUGAUAUACAAACUGUAUACUGAUUUGUUGUUUUUAUUAUAACUGUUUUACAGCAAGACAUGUAAAGUACACUUAAAAAUGUAACUGUCUCAUUUUCAAGAACCUGAAUACAUUUGAUUCAUUUACAGUAUAGAUUGUAAUGUAAUUGCAAAGGCCUUGCUGAAACAUAUGCUGUAGUGACAGUCAAGACAGGCUGUCAAGAUAUUUCUAAUUUCUUGAUGUAUUUACAGUGUUAGAAAAGCUUUAAGUCAGAAUAAAAAAUAAAUUCUUGUCUUCCCAAUUUUGACAUAUACUGUAUCUGAGUGAAAUGACUUCUCAAACAAGAAGAAAAAAUAGGACGGGGCUUGAUUGUCAAGCGAGAACUGAGUGGAUUGUACAAAGUGUAUAAAGUUUGCUAAAUGCUGCUGCGAUUGUUGCAUGUGAGUGACAAGUUGUUGGUGGGGAGGGAUUGAAACCACUGAUUUAUAACAGAGAACAAUUAUACAUUUAUACAUAACAUAUAUAUAGAUCCAUGAUUGAAAUU